AUGCAGGGCUAUACCCCAUAUCAACAGGAACUUCUAAAACUCGCCGAGCAGCUAAUGCAUUCGGAAAUGGCUAACAACGAUCCAUCGCAUGACGUCUUUCACGUCCUUCGGGUUCGCAAAACAGCGAUUCGUCUAGCCGACUCCCUUGCUCACUCUACGGCUCUGAACAUUUGGAUGGUAGACAUGGCUGCACUGCUGCACGAUAUCAACGAUCACAAAUAUGCGACGUCUACAUCAGGUACAGUCGGUCUGAAGGAGAUUUACGAGCGGAUGAGCAGGGACGAUGCUGCCCAGUUGGAGUGGAUUCUCGAGCGCGUCAGCUGGAGUAAGGAGAAGCGCAGGAGGGAAGAAGGAACUUGGGGAGAACUGGAGGAAGCCUGUGUUGAGUUACAUUGCGUUCAAGAUGCUGACAGACUGGACGCAAUUGGUGCAUUCGGCAUUAUGCGAUGUGCCGCCUUCUCUGCCGUAACAAAGCGACCCCUAUACGCUGAAGGGAGGAACGAUACAGCGAUUGCCCACUUUCACGAGAAGUUGCUCAACAUUGCUGGCAGCCUCAAGACAGAAUUAGGCACGCAAUUGGGAAUUAGGAGGCAUCAGGUGAUGCUUGAUUUUCUGGCCUCAGUUGACGAUGAAGUCAAAGACAUAAAUCUCUCCUAG